CCGAUCAGACCACGAAUGCGUCCACCGAUGAGACCUCUGUAACGGCUGAUCGGACCAGGAAUGUGUUGAUAAUGAGGACGAUGACGAAGGGGGAGGCAUGUGAGGAGGAGGAGGAGGAGGAAGAAGAGGAAAAAGAGGAAGAAGAGGCAGUUGACAAAGGGGAUGAUGUAGUAGAAUAUGUAGGUAAAGGAGCUGGUGUGAUGGUGGUGAUGAUGGUGGUGGUGGUGGUGGUGGAGAUGGGGAAUGUAGAGGCCUCUGUGAUGGCCGAUCAGACCAUGAAUGCCUCCUCCGAUGAGACCUCCGUGACGGCUGAUCGGACCACAAAUGUGUUGAUGAUGAGGACGGUGGCGAAGGGGGAGGCAUGGGAGGAGGAGGAGGAGGAAGAAGAGGCAGUUGACGAAGGGGAUGAUCUAGUAGAAUAUGCCACGUCAGCAGACCACGUCAGCAGGACACGUCAGCAGGACACGUCAGCAGGCUACGUAAGUACAUCAGCAGACCACGUCACCAGGCCAUGUCAGCAGGACACGUCAGCAUUGCCACGUCAGCCACAAGGGAUACCACAUCAGCAGGCACUGGUCUGGUCUAUGCUAUUGCAUUCACAGACAGCAGUCAUGGACCAGAAAGCCGGGGAAACAGACGAGGCCUAUCAGGCCCGCAUGUUAGCCUGGAGUACCGAGACAAAGAAACGGGCAGAUGACGCUGCCGCAGCAGCCAAGAAAAGGGCAGAGGAUGCCGAACAGGCACGUCUGCUGGCCGUGCAACAACAGCGCCAGCACGACGAGGCAGCAGCAAGGGCUGCUGAUGAAGAAAGAACACAGUGUCGUGAGAAGAUAUUCGCCGGAGAGCGGGCGUUACUUACCAUGACAGCAGAAUGGCGAAGCGAGGCCGAGAACAGCCAAUUGGAGGACAGCGCGAACAAGAUAGCGCUCCUCUCGCAUCUCACGGAUCUCCUAGCAACCUGCAUUACACAGCAGGCGGAGAUCCUUGGUCUCGACAACUCGGUAGCUCAGCUCCAAGACCGCCUUCAGCGGGUGGAGCAGCGACCAGUCGCCGCCGCAGACGCAGGCUCUUCCAAUACUGCCGACCGCCUCACCGCAAUGGAGAUGCACGUCGGCUCCCUCCAGGACGGCGCACAGUUACAUCAGACCGCGACGCAACAGUUGCAGCAGCGGAUCUGCACUACCGCCACCACCUCGAGUCUGGAGCCGCACGAGACAGCUCCUAAGUUCGAUGGGCAGGAGAUCUUCCACGACUCAAUCAAGACAGAUCCAAUUUCAUGGUUUCGCAAGUUCGAGCUCACGCUGCAGCUCCACAACGUCAAGGAAAACAAGCACCACGCUCACGGAGUGGUAGCAGCGGACUUGCACACCAUGAUCACCUGGGAUGAUCUGAAGGCGGCGUGGCACAAGCGGUUCCAGGUGGAGCCGCCAGAGAUCAAAGCCAUGGACAAGCUCAUGGUCUUCGAGCAAGGCACGCUGCUGAGUACGUACUGGAUCGCCGAGUACCAACGCUUGACGUCAGUCCCAAACAUCCAGAUGGGCUUCAAGGCCAUCCGCCACUACUUCAUCUCAAGGUCAUGUCCGGCAUUGAGCAAUGCCCUGACGCAUGUCGAGGACACCUUGACGAUGACAGCGGAGUUAUUUGACAAGCUGCGCAAAUCAUCGUCACGAACAAGGAGGCCAAGAACCUCCGUUCAUCUGCACGCAGGUUUGCCCAUUGAAAGGCAACGGCAGACAGGGAAACUGAGCACCGCCGAGAGUGACGCGACGACACUCUCGACACCUUCGGAACUGGUUUCUUCGCGAGUGACCAGCCUUCAUUCCGAAGCGCACGCGGAAGUCGACAGUCCUCCGCUUCUAUUUUCUUUUGAGGACUAUGCUGCCCGGCUCGUUCCAACGUUGGGUACUCAAGCUCAAGGACAAGGAGUGUGUGCGGUUUCUUCUCCGUCCGGCAACAGCAACAUAUCGUCUUCAAGUGGUUCGUCACGGGAUUCGGCGCGCGAGUUCAAGAUAGAGGUUUUGGACCCGCUCACGUCUGAGGACUUUGCAUGGUUUCCUCUCCCGACCACAGGCUGUUUGCCGGGACCGCAAUGCGCAGCACUAUGCGCUCAUCUCCACACUUACCUUUCCUUCUAUGCACCAUCAACUUCGUCGACGGAUGACGAAGUCGCGAUGGGGGACAUCCUGGCAUACGUUACCAAGGUGGCCCGCGAGUUUCGCACGCAGCGGUACGAUAACAACAAUGCACYGCUCAUGUAUGUCCGCAUCCAGGUUGGGCAAGCGUCCUGCAGCGCUUUGCUGGAUAGCGCCGCAACUCGCAACUUCAUGAGCCAGUCUUUUAUGCAAAGAGCUGGCCUUGGUGCACAAGUUCGGAGAAAGGCAAACCCGACGGCGAUCAAGUUGGCGGAUGGAAAGACGCAGCAACUACUCGACCGUUACAUCGAGGCCGUACCGGUCUACUUCGCACCUCAUGCAUGCGAACCGGUGACGUUCGAUAUUCUCGACACGGACUUCGACAUCAUUCUGGGAAUGCCUUGGCUUGCAAGUGCGGAUCACACGGUCAACUUCCAUCGGCGGACUCUUAGCGUUCGCGACGCCUUCGGUGCGGAAGUGGCGUGUACGAUUCCUCUACCGCACUCUUCGAUCCGGUGCCAAGUGGUGACGGCCAAAUCAUUUCGGGCGACUUGUGCUUACGAGCAGCCCGAGGAAAUCGGCAUAUGUUUCCUACGGACCGUCGCGGUAGCCAACUCUUCACCCACGGAGUUAUCUUCGGACCCCCGUGUGGUACGGUUGCUGGACGAGUUCGCCGACAUCUUCGAGUCACCUACCGGUGUGGUGCCGGGUCGGCCGAUCUCUCACGAGAUCAUUCUUGAGGCCGGUGCCGUGCCGCCGAAAGGUUGCAUCUAUCGGAUGAGCGAGGAGGAGCUUGAGCUCAACGCGCAAACCGUCAAGAAUGCGGGGCCUCUUCCUCGCAUCGACGAUCUUUUCGAGCGAUUAGGCGGUGCGAAGUAUUUUUCCAAGUUGGAUUUGAAAUCAGGAUAUCAUCAAAUCUCGAUUCAGCCGAACGAUCGCUACAAAACCGCAUUCAAGACUCGGUACGGGCAUUUUGAGUGGGUGGUCAUGCCUUUUGGCCUCACCAACACCCCGACGACGUUCCAGGCGGCGAUGACCAAUGAGUUCCGUGCAAUGUUGGACCGAUUCGUGCUGGUCUACUUAGACGAUAUUCUCGUCUACAGCCGGACAUUGGAGGAUCAUCUUGGACAUCUUCGACGAGUGUUGGAGACGCUCCGCCGUGCCAAGUACAAGGCCAACCGCGACAAGUGCGAAUUUGUCCGGCAAGAGCUGGAAUACUUGGGCCAUUUUGUCACACCGGAGGGCAUCAGUCCGCUAUCGGACAAGAUUCAGGCCGUCCAAGAGUGGCCGGAGCCUCGGAACGUCACGGAUGUUCGCUCGUUCCUCGGUCUUACCGGCUACUAUCAGCGCUUCAUCAAAGGCUACUCCAAGAUCGCGGCCCACUUGAACAAGCUUCACUGCGAGGAUCGGCCAUUUGACUUUGGAGAGGAGGCGCGGGGAUCAUUCCUCGCUCUCAAAGCCGCGCUAUUGUCUGCAGAGGUCUUGCGGAUAUACGACCCACUCGCGCCUACACGUUACUUCAGCAAGAAAGUGCCACUCGUGCAUUCCAUUGACGAUGCACGCAAGAAGGAGCGCCUCGCCUUCGUCCACGCGCUCAAGCGGUGGCGGCACUUCCUCCUUGGUCGAAGCCAAUUUUGUUGGGUGACGGACAACAAUCCGUUGGUCUCUUACAAGACCCAAGACACCGUCAACAGCACCAUCGCCCGAUGGAUGGCUUUCAUUGACCAGUUCAACUUCUUUCCCGAUCACAUUCCCGAGAAGUCGAACCGUUUUGCGGAUGCUCUCUCACGGCGUCCGGAUCAUUGUACCGCAGUCUACUCGACCUUCGAGAUUGACGACGACCUGCGGAACAGCUUCAUCCGCGGCUACCAAGCCGACCCCGAGUUUCGCAACAAGUACGCGAAUUGCUCCUCUCCUAAUCCGGCUCCUUCUCACUACCGGAUCCAAGAGGGGUACUUGCUUGUCCACACGCGGGGGAAGGACAUUCUUUGCGUACACGGCUUCUUGGCGAGUUCCACGAUGCUCCCGCCACUGGACAUUUUGGAGUCCAUCGCACGAUUAGCCGACUUCGCCAGCGAUUUUGGUGGCCCGGCCUUCUCUGCGACGUCACGCGCUAUUGCGAGUCAUGCGAGGGAAGCGAUUGCCAUGGACAUCACCGACCCGUUCCCCAAGCACAAGACCGGAGUGGAUGGGAUUCUCACGGUGGUCGACCGACUCACCAAGUUCGCCAUGUUCUUGCCUUAUCGCUAUCAUGCCAAGACACCGGAGUUGGCCGAGGUUCUGUACGUCGGUUGGAUUCGCACCAAGGGUUACCCCAAGGAGAUCGUCUGCGACCGCGACACUCGGUUCAUGUCCGAUUUUUGGUUGGCGCUCAUCAAGCGAUUGGGCUCCUCUCUCAAGCCCAGUUCAGCUCGCCACCCUCAGAUCGAUGGCCAGACUGAGAGGGCGCAUCAGACCGCACAGGUUCUCCUUCGCACUCUCAUCCGCCCCGACCAGAAAGACUGGGUUGAGCGACUGCCGGACGUUGAGUUGGCCUACAACUCUUCCAUCCACCCGGCUAUUGGGAUAUCGCCCUUCGAGUUCGAGCACGGCUCGCCGGUCACGUCACCGUUGGACACGAUUACUCCACGCACGGCCGAGAGCGACGACCAUCUUCUUUUCUUGCGUCGGAUGCAAGAGCUUCUUGUCAAGGCACGCGACCAGAUGGCUAAGACGCAACAGCGCAUGCGCCAACAGGCAAAUCGCCAGCGUCUUCCUUGUCCAUUCCGCGCCGGAGACCUUGUCUAGGUUUCAGCAGCGGAAUUCAGCCUUGAACAGGACAUCUCUCGCAAGCUCCUUCCGAAAUGGAUAGGGCCUUGGCCGAUCAUCGA